AUGUCAAGUGACAAUUCGGUGUGACAAUCAGCUGACUGAAACAAUUGAAGAUGGCACUUAAAAUUCCCGCGUGGACGCAGACAAGAAAUCCCUAGUAUCGCAACGUACGUACGGAAUAGUUGAUUGUAGAAAGUGGCAAAGAGGAAAAUCCGCAAUAAUUAGGAGGUUACUGAAAAGUAUGUAAGAGAGAGGAGUUGAUUAAUAAUAUAUCACGUUUCAUGGUCUACACGAUAUCCGAUUAAGUGGCUGGAGUAUUUCGACGAGAUAUACGAACGUGAAGAGAGUGUUUUCAAAUGUAGCAGAUGUACGUUGUGAGAAAUGUCACAAAUUGAUAUCCAGGAGUUGUUUAACAAAAGCAGGUUACCCGACGGUUGGCGUCUUCUACCUGUGAUUUUGUACACACCAUUGGGACUCCUACUUGUGUUACUACGACUGUUAGUAACAUUGCAGCUUUGGCUCUUCGCAUCACUAUUACCUGAUUGCAACUCCAUUCGUGGGAUCCUGAGUUGCGGUAUUAGUUUUGCUUUUGGCAUUAUAGUCAAGAUUGACAACGAGAGCGAAUUCAGGGACAAACAGUCAAGGAUAGUAAUUGCCAAUAAUGUAUCCGUGUUGGACCACUUUGCUCUUCGUCGAGUAACGCAGACACUAACCCCCAGCACCUGGGACUUACCUACUGCCUUGAGCAAUGCAUUAGGAUUACAAAAGAUGGACAUGAGCAGUAAAGAAGCGCUAAUUGCCAAUAUAAAGCAAUUCCUCUCCACCUCUACAUACAACGUUGCUGUACAGCCUGAGUUUGGCACAACUAACAGUCAGGUCGCUCUGUUAAAGUUUAAUUCUUGGCCGUUUAAUAUAGAAACGUCUGUACAGCCAGUUGCCAUCAGAGCAUCGAGACCAGAGUUUAUGCCUGUGCAUCUCACCUCGUUGGCUUCAACGUGGUGGACAGAGGUAUUAUGGUUCAUGUUUGUCCCUUAUACAGUUUUCACGCUGAAGUACCUGAAAAUCAGACGCAAUCCUGACCACGACACUCUCGUGCGGGAAGUAGAGAGAGAUAUUGCGGAUGCUCUGGGACUUCAAACGAGUUUAUUCACCGUUUCGGACAAGACGGAAUACGAGAAGCGUUAUCUCAUGGAGAGGAUACUCAACAGAACGCGUUCCAGCAGAAGUUCGUUAAACUCGCACAGCAUAGAGAUGCAGAGGAUGGUCCGUCAAGUUAGCGAAGUACUUCCAUUCGUACCACAUAAUGUGAUUCUCCUAGAUCUUCUAAAGACACGAAACGUUGAUGUCACAAUCGCCAAUAUUCUCGAUGGCAUAGUUACUUAUACUCCAGAACCAAACGCACCAGCUCAAGCGCCCGUACCGUCAACCGACAGAUCCCAACCGAAUUCUGCAAAGGACAAAACCUUGGGAUCCUUGGUGACUUCUUCCUUUCAAAAGAGAAAAGCUAAGAUGAUAAAAGAAGCCAGAGAAAGGUAUAUUCAAAAGCAUGGACUGAAAAAUUGCUGACAUUCUUACUACUGCUUUAUUCCAACUAAAAUAUUGUCAUUGACAACAUGUAUGUAACAUUUUAAAUGUAUUUACUAUUACAUCGUAUGUGAAUAUAUCUUUAUUUCUAAAAUA